GUUUUAAAACAUAACGGCCAAAACUUGUGAUUUGAAUUUAUUAAAUCAAUUUUAUCUACAAAAUAUUGUUUAAACGUUUUAAUUGUGUGAUGUUUGAAAAUUGUAUUCUAAAAUAAAAUGGAAGCCAAUGAUUUUUUAGUGAAAAUCAAAGCGAAUGGUGACGAAAAGGAUUGGAAUAACUUAGAUAAAGUGUACAACGAUUAUAAAGUGAUUUCUUCCAAGUUAUCGUCGAAAGAAAGAGGAUCUUUCUCGCUAAAUGUGUUAUGUUUAUUGUGCAGGAACAUCGACAAAGCGCCUUCAUGGCGAGAUAGUAUAGAUAACAAAGAGUUGCUAACUCUAACCAUAGACUGUAUCAGAGAGUCGAGAGGACUAAACAAGGCUGAACAGGUCAAAACAUUGGCCUGUAUCUACCAUAUACAUAGAUAUGUUGUUAGAUUGAAUAAACAGAUACCUCCAGAAUUAAUACUGAAACUCUCCUUCAUGGCUUUUGAAGCAGAACCAAAGAUUCUUUUAAAAGAAUAUAGCAAGACUUACUGGAAUAUAAUAGCAGACAGACUCUGCUAUAUAGAAAAACUAAGAGGGAAAUCAAUACACAAAUUAUUACCGAAAUUAAACGAAGAUAUAUUGAAGACUAUAGAAAUAUAUGACACAGCUCAAUUCUGCUCCAAUAUACUAGUAUUUUUAGUCAAGAAAAUGCAUUUUAUAUACAGCGAAUCUCAUUCCGAAGUGCUCAACGGCUUUUACAAGGAGAUCUUUGAGAAAUUAUCACAGAAGACCGAUUUGAAUGCUAUGAAAAAGCUCAAAGAUAAAGAAUUAUUAGAUGUAUAUGCAAAAUUCAGUGAUUGUUUCUAUGUUGUCGCUGAGAAUUCUUCAAAAGGUCUGUUUAAAAAUUCAGCUAUAAAUUCCGCUGUGAGAACGGCCAUAACUCUUCUUGGACAUAAGCCGGACUUCUUCCACUGUCUACAAACCUUCUAUUUGAAUUCUUUCUGCGAUAUUUUUCUCAAUAAGACUACUUAUUUGGACACUGUCUUCAAAAAUCUUACACUGUCAUGUGAUAUCACCGUGAAACUGGGUUAUGAGUCAACUAUAGCAACUUCAUACCCCUUCAUAGCACAAUUUUUAAGAUUAUUCAUCGAAUACUCUAUUAACAAUGGUAUUAAGGCCCAUUUUACGGCGGAAGUGCAAGAAAAUUGCCUGAAUUUCAUGCUGAAACUACUGAAUGAGUUGAAAAACUGCGAACAGUUAUUGAAAUGUGAAAAUUGUUCUGUAAAAACUGGUUUGCACGAUGCUUUAAGACUGUCUUUCUUGGUCAAGCAUUUCAUCUCGGCUUCGAUACAGCAAAACAUUGAUAUGACAAGGUUAUUAGCAGUGUACAAAAACGUCAUAGAUCAACAAUACUCAAUUAUGUGUCAAUUAAAACACCAAAAAUGUGUUAACUACGACAAAUUUUAUAGAAAACUACAAACAGAUACGCACAACACAGCCAUAGCGCUGAACAAGAACCAAAAAUACGAAUUUUCAAUCAAUUUAUUUGAAAUUUAUAUAAAAAAUGAGUUGAGCAUUAAUUUGAAUGAGUUCGAGCAUAAAAAUGUGGCGCGAGCAUUUUAUAAUAAGAGCAUAUGUGAGUUGGACUAUAAGAAGCAUGAACAAGCAUUAUUGGAUGGUUUUUUGAGCUUGAUUUUUGCAAAAGACCUUAAUUCUGAUAAGUAUAUGAGUUUGGUGAUGGAUAUCAAGGCGAAAGCUCUGAAAAGUGAUGAUGAUGAGACUGAUGACAAAACUGAUGACCUUCAGAUGACCUCCGUGGUGGAUGCUUGUAGAACUGUCACGGAAAAUAAAUUGUAUGGAGAUUUGAAGCCGUUUUUGAAAGAAGUUAAGUUCAGUUCACUUCUGAAACAUGAGUUUGAAAUGUACUGCAAGUUAUGGCCGUCUAUUGCGCCGGUGGCCGGAGUUUGGCGCGCCCUUCACUCGCUUCUUAAUGGCAGACAAGAGAAAUGGAUUACAGUGGAAAACACAGAUGUCAUAUUUUGGACGCUGCUACGAGUUAUAUCGCUGACUCCGGCCGCGGUGAGAACUAUUCACGCUGAUCAUUUCAAAGUGGUCGUUGCAGAGUUAUUGGAGAACAUUGAGAAGAUGCCUGAACCGAUUUCAUCGGACGUGCGCCUCGCUCAAACGAUACUGCUGUUCCUUCAGGCCGAGUACGAUAUAGCUGAGGCCAGCAACAAAUAUAAUUGGAAAGCUACUGAAACGAAUAUAGACCCGGAUAUUCAACAAGCGAUGCGCACACUGCCCCAGGAACAGACCGCGCUGCGCAGAGCUCUGCAGGCCGUAGAACUGUGGACUGAGCUGUUGGCGGUUAUUAACACUGUUACCAUAAAACCCCUGCUGCGGCCCGCUGUCCAGCUGGCGGAGAUAUUCGUCCAUCAGUUGCAGUACUACAGCAGGCCGGCGCACGCGCUGCAACUGGCGCAUGUCUGCUGCCAGCUCGCUGCGUACUUGGAUGAUAAAGUAUCGUACAUACGCAACGCAGGUGUCUUGCUCUCUACCCUUCAGCAGUCGGCUGCACUUCAAGAUAUACUCUCCCAAGCGACCGAAUAUUUCACUGAAAUUAUGAUAAACGUCGAUAAUACUGAAUGCGGUGUCGUUUUUCUGUGUGAUGUCGCGAUGUUUUACUUAAACUCCGGCGCAAUAAAUGUAGCGGCGAAACUGGUGCAGCUCGCUCAGAUAAGAAUAUUGUCUGCCUACGACAAGAUACCUGAUAUUAACCUAUCAAAGUGGACAGCCCGUCGCCUCCGCUCGGUGUCAAUAAAGCUCGGCGUGUCGCGGUGCAGCGCGCGCGCCGUGCGCGUGUGUCGCGCGCUGGCGUGUUGGCGCCGCGCGCGCAGCACGGCCGGCGUGGCCGCGCCGCACUGCGCGGGGGCCGUGCAGGCCCGCGUCUACGGGGAUAUCGUGCAUGUGCAUAAGGUGGACGACGCUCAGGUCAAAAUCGACAACCGGCUAAAGUACAUCCUAGGGUUACCUCCUUCAAGCGAUCCGCCAAUAAUACCAACUGAAGCUAAAGUACCAAUGUUUGCGCCGAAACAAGACUUUGAGACGAUGCUGGAGUGCCAAGCGUUCAAGUCACAAGUCAGCCCGACCAGGAAAUAUGUCACUAUACCAGGCUUCAUACUGCCAGAGUUCUUCAGACAUACAGCAUGUGAUUGCUAUGCCUGCGUCAACCCAUAUUGUAUGAUAAUUUUCUACAUAACAGCUGGGUUGGAAGCCGCCAUGUAUUUCCGGGCGAACGAACAUGAAAUAGCCAAAAAUUACUUCAAAGGCGUCAUCAAUUCGUUCGGCUGUUUCGAUGCGAAGUUAAAGGCUGUUUUGACGUCAUAUACAGAGUUGGAUUUCGAUAAGUAUGUAGUGGAUUACACUAGAAGUAUGUUUGAGGACCAAUUUAGGAAAGUUAAGUUAGAAAUUUUGAUCGAAGCGUCUUUUUUUGAGCUCAAAAAUGGGAAUUUUGAUGCGGCCGACGAUUAUAUUGUGACCAUACAUGAAAUUUGCCAAGAUUUCAAAGAAAAUGAUGCCUAUUUGAGCAAUGAAGUUAUGAAUUUGAUGAUAGCGUCUGCUAGGCUAAGGAAUGUGGUUAAAAAACAGCAGUUUGAUUUAGAAUCGGAGUUCGAAAAUCUAAAGUUAAGCCCCAAAAUGAAGAUGGAGGGGGAUAAAACACCAGUAUCGAAGGCCAAACUCCCCCAAUUAUCGGCGAGAAAAGUCAAAGAUGAGGAAUUACCGAAAAAACGCAAAGUUAUAAAACUCAACCUCGACGAGAAUAGUUCAGACGAGAAAGAAGAGAAACCGAAACCUAGGAAACCGGUAUCGGAAUUCAAAAUACCAGUUCCGGUCACAUCGAAACCGGUUUUAGAGAUCUUAACGCCGAGACCGUCAAGAAAACCGGUGAUUACCGUUACGGACACGGCUAAAACACCGGUCAACGAGAAAACUGAUAAAUGCAAUGAAUUUUUCACUCCCAUGUCGACUCCGGAACAAUUCUUCACUCCGAUGAACACUAUAAAAACAUACUCUAAGUCGUCUCUCAGAAAGGGUAUAGUGAAAAAUUUGGAACACGAAUUUUCGACGCCAAAAGCUGUGUCGCAAAAGGAAAAUUCAAAAAAUCUAGACGCGCCCAGGACGUCUAGGAAGGACGAUAAAGAUAGGGCUUUGAAGAGGGCAACAAGUCCUGGGAAAUUGACGGAAAAUAAGACGCGCCCUCGAAGGCUAAGGCAACCUAAAUUAAAUGAUUAACGUCCGAAUACUGGAAGAAUACUCAAGUUUGUUUAAGUUGUACUUAAAUAUGGAG